CUUAGAGGAGCGGGGCUGCGGUGCGGCGUUCAGCUCGUUCCCGCAGCCGGCCCUCCGGCCUGCCUUCCCCGAAGGCAGCGCGCGCCUUGGAGGGAGGGAGCAGUCUGUGCCGACACCGGCGCGGCCAGACGGGGAGAUGAGCUUCUUCGGCUUCGGGCAGAGCGUGGAGGUGGAAAUCUUGCUGAAUGAUGCGGAGAGUAGGAAGCGAGCGGAGCACAAGACUGAGGACGGGAAGAAGGAGAAAUAUUUCCUCUUCUACGACGGGGAAACCGUCUCGGGGAAGGUGAGCCUAUCUCUGAAGAACCCCAACAAACGACUAGAGCACCAGGGCAUCAAGAUCGAAUUCAUUGGGCAGAUCGAACUCUACUAUGACCGUGGGAACCACCAUGAGUUUGUGUCUUUGGUGAAGGACCUGGCUCGGCCAGGAGAAAUCACCCAAUCGCAGACCUUCGACUUUGAGUUCACCCACGUGGAAAAGCCGUAUGAGUCCUACACAGGACAGAAUGUGAAGCUACGCUAUUUCCUUCGAGCCACCAUCAGCCGCCGCCUCAAUGAUGUUGUCAAAGAGAUGGACAUUGUAGUUCACACACUUAGCACAUACCCCGAGCUGAACUCAUCCAUCAAGAUGGAAGUUGGGAUUGAGGACUGCCUGCACAUUGAAUUUGAGUAUAACAAAUCCAAAUACCACUUGAAAGAUGUCAUUGUAGGGAAGAUCUACUUCCUGCUGGUAAGAAUCAAGAUCAAGCACAUGGAGAUAGACAUCAUCAAACGGGAGACAACAGGCACGGGUCCCAAUGUGUACCACGAGAACGACACAAUAGCAAAGUAUGAGAUUAUGGACGGGGCACCGGUCCGAGGUGAGUCCAUCCCCAUCAGGCUCUUCCUGGCAGGAUAUGAGCUCACACCGACUAUGCGGGACAUAAAUAAGAAGUUCUCUGUGCGCUAUUACCUCAACUUGGUGCUGAUAGAUGAGGAGGAACGGCGCUACUUCAAGCAGCAGGAAGUGGUGUUGUGGCGGAAGGGUGACAUCGUACGGAAGAGCAUGUCCCACCAGGCAGCCAUUGCCUCACAGCGCUUCGAGGGCACAACCUCCCUGGGUGAGGUGCGGAUCCCUGGCCAACUGUCUGACAACAACAGCAGGCAGUAGGCCCCUGAGGCCAAGAAGCUGCUGGGCUUCCACCACAGAACCCCCAUCUACCAAAAUACCAGCCACUGGGGGAGGGGGAAGAUGGUGUGAGGUUCAACUGGCCGUUACUUGCAACCUUGGAAACAAAUCAUGUUUUUUACUUAAAUUCUUUUCUCUGAAGAACCUAAGGGGCUUGGGUUGGGCAGCAGUCUCCCUGGGAUUCUGCAGCCUGGGUAGGGAUAAGGAGAGGAAACAUUCUGGAAGUGAGUCUCUUCCUUGGGAAUGAGCUAUGUGUCAAGACUGUCUCAAGCCUUAGAGCAGAGUUGAGAGCACACAUCCUUGGCUCCAGGUUCUCUGGGCUUCCUGAUACAGAAGCUGUGUGUGUCCUUGGCAUUUACCUGCCAGCAGGGCUUUGGGUAGUAAUAUCUUAUACUCCCUUCGACUGUUUUGAGGUAGUGACAAAAGUCUCUGGGUUUUUGGGCCUGUCUCAUCUAAGUUAGAAGAAGACUCAAGAUUAGGAAGCUACCUCUCUGGGUGUCCAGGACGUGGUGCUCAGAAGUUUCUACAGUCACCUCUGGCCUCUCACUACUGGGACCAGACCAUUCUCUUCAUCUUCUCUAGCUUGUCAGGAACUACACAGGAGCAGAAGCUUAAGGAAGGGUUGUGUCUGACUGUCCUCUCACUUGUGAGAAACAGGGCCACAAGAAGCCCUGAUGUGGUGUCACACAUGGAUGGCAAGGGGCUGAGGCAGGUCUCCUGUCGGGGAAACAUCAGGCAAGGCAACUGUUUGCCUUCACCACAUGACUCCACUUGGCAACACAGCAUCUGGGUUGUUCUAGGGAAUUAUUUUAAGUUAUCCAACAAGCCCUAAGCCCUAAGCCCUAUUUCCUUUAACUGAGAUCCCUAGAAGAGGCUGGGAUACAUUUGCCUCCUAAAGGAACACCAAGCAAAGGCUUCUGCCCUUUGAGACAUUACUCCUUGUCCUCUGCUUGAUUUCUGGAACUGGGCUUGGUUUUGGGCAUGUACAAGUUUUGUUCUUAUUCCCACCCAAACACUUUUAUCCCACUAUCCACAAUUAGUUAAAGGAGGAAGGGCCUCUGUGCAGGGCUCUGCUACCAUGACUUCAGAAUAAUUCUGCUUGCCAAAUGACAUCUGUCUUCACCAGUUCACUGACUCAAGUUAGGCCCACUAUUUUGUUUUGUUUUUAAUUUAAAAACAAAAUAGGAAAACUCUGGUGGAUGCUGUUAUACUAGAGAAGAGGCAGUUCUUUCUCCUGCUCUGUGCUUGGCCUGCAGGUAGAAAAGGGGUUGACUGUCUUUUCUACCUUGUCUGGAAAUGACUAGAAUUACCCUCUCCUGUUGGCUGUCCUCCUGUCUGAGAAAGAUUAAGCAGACCUUAUGUUCAACAAGUACAGUAUUCGCUGGUCUGUGUUCUUUGUAAUUUGGAAAGUAAAGGAUUUGUUCCUGUGUCAUCUUUGAGUUUGUGUAGAAAAUCGGGAAUCUUGCUGGGCAAUGGUGGCGCAUGCCUUUAAUCCCAGCACUUGGGAGGCAGAGGCAGGUGGAUUUCUGAGUUCGAGGCCAGCCUGGUCUACAGAGUGAGUUCCAGGACAGCCAGGGCUACACAGAGAAACCUUGUCUUGAAAAAAAAAAAAAAAGAAAAAAAGAAAAGAAAAUGGGGGAAUUUUGCAAUCUCUGGCUUUGACAGGGUGGGGCUGAUGGAGAAGAGUUCAGAUAAAAGACUUGGAAUGAUGGGGUAGGAGAGCUAAGGAAAGUAAAGCUGUCUCCAUGCCCGACCCCAGGUGUAGGUGUGACAUACAAUCCCCAUGGGCACAGGUCCGCCCAUUCAGCUGUCCUUGGCUGUCAGGGCUGGGCCCUAGCAUAUGAGGGAGGUAGGUUCUUGUGCUCUUAUGUUUUUCAGGGUAUGACACUAGACUCUGCUGUGCCUCCUUUUAAUAUCUUAUUUAAAAGCAUUUGUCAAUUUCUCUGCCUCCCAGAUGACAACACAAAAUCAUUUUCCAACUUUGCUAAUAUCAUAAGCCUUUCUUCUGAGAGAAGUAGAAGGUAGAAUAUGCUGUUUCAGGAGCUGUGCACAAGCCAAGUCUUGCUUUCUCUGACCCCUUUCCCUCUUCUCUGCCAACUGUGACAGUAUGGGGAGGCUCCCAUCCCCAUCCUUUAAGGUUUCUAAACCUGGAGUGCAUAGGUACUAAACCAGGCAGUGCAACUUGUAAUUAAGAAGCUGCAGUGUUUACAUGUUUCUUAAUGUGUUGUCUUUUCAAUGGCUGUAUUUUAAAAGAACAUUUGUUUUAAUGAUGUCUCUAAUUAAAAGAAGCUCUAUGGCUUUGGAGGCAUUGUGCCCAUGGUCCACCAGAUUCUGUGGUCUUUCCUUCUUAACACUGUCUCAUCUCUGACACAGUAUGCAGCAUGAUUUCAACACUGCCUUCUUUUUCACUGGAUGGUAAACAGUUGCAAACACUGUAUUAAACACUCCUUUUAGGCAAAUAUGGUCCAGUUCAGGUUUGUCUGGCAACUUGCCUGAAACCCCCUCAUGUUUUCCACUUUGGUGGGACAAAGACGACCAAAAGUAGCAUAGAAAAAUCAAGACGUAGGUUCAUUGAACAUUCAGAGAACAAAGGACUCAGUCCUACAUUUUGCUAUUUACUGCAUAACUACAGAGGUAGGGGCAGGUGAGAGUAGAGGUGCCUGCAUAUUCUAGCUGGCUAUUGGAACCAGGCUUGGAUGUAAGACACCUACAGUGGAGCAUCCCUCCAUACCCAACACAAGUUUAGAAGAAAACACUUCCAACCUUGUCAUUAAAUCUUUUAUUGGGAAAAUUAACAAACCACCCGUGCACCCGUGUUUAUGAUCCCAGGUAUAAACAGCAAGCUUUCUCCUUCUGUCUUAUAAAAUCUUGGCUUGUUCACGCCAUCAGUGGAGCCUUCUGAUUAACUUGGUUCUGUUUCCUCCAGGCUCAAAAUAAAAUCAAACUCUUCUACAAAAAAAAAGGGGGGGGGAGAAUAUGUGGUUGGGGUGAGACUAAGGUGUUUAUCAUCUCCUGCAUAGGGACGCUGAAGGGCAGUUCCCGCAGCUGUCAGCUGUCCAUGAAAACACUGGACUAUCUGGUACUGGGUAUCUGGUAUCUAUUCCUCGUGAGUGGCUCAAGUGAGGACACCACUCUCCAUGUUUAGGUCUUACCUUGAGUCAGAGGCUGAACUGAAAGUCUCUGUCGGGUGAAGAGAGUCAUGCUUUGUAAGGGGCCACCAGUAGCUUUGUGGGUUUGGUGAUAGGUUUUAAGCUCAUCCAGGGAGAUGAAGCGCUUCAUCAUUCGAACAAACUGUACAUCCACCUAUUCGAUAGCAUUGAAGGGAACAGAAACAUGUUCAGCCAGACUCAAUCCAGUCUUAAAGGGUGGGUCCACUAUGUUGCCUAGCCUGUCCUUGAAUUCCUGUCCUCGAAUCACUUUCAAGCCUCAGCCCACUGAGUGGCUACAACUACAGUCUUGCUUCUGUGUCCACCCAGAGUUUUUGCUAUUUGCAGGAAGUAUCUGGAAUUAGGGCUGCCAAUAUUCUGUUCUGAUAUCCCAAUUCAGCAAAACUUCAUCUAGCUGGUAGCUGGGCGGUGCUCCUUGACCUAACAGUACCACACACUCUUUUCCUCCUUUUGUCCACUCUGCCCUAUGAAAUAAGAACAGUUAUUACCAUCGACCAUUUAGGGUUGUCCUCUUUGCUGGAUGGGUCGUAAUGGGGAUUACUUCUCUCAAACUGUGUAUGGUCUGGGUAAGCCUCCUUUACAAUCUGAAAAUAAAAAAAUCCAAAAUCUUCAGUUAUUUUAGCUCCCUGCCCAAGUUUUUUUUUUUUUUAAUUAAAGAGUUAUUUAUUUUUACAUAAAAACAUUUAUAUACAUUGUUGCUAUCUUAAUAGACACCAGAAGAGGACAUCAGAUCCCAUUACAGAUGGUUGUGAACCACCAUGUGGUUGCUGGGAAUUGAACUCAGUGCUCUUAACUGCUGAACCAUCUCACCAGCCCCUGCCCAAGUUUUAAUAUGCAUCUAACUCUGACUUCUCCCCUUCCCCCUUCUCCCCUUCUGACCACUUUCCCUUGCCAUAGAGACAGCUGGUACUCUGGAAAUAACAGCCUCAGCAAGCAGAGCUAGGAAGGAAAUCCUAGAUGUACAAGAUUUCACAGUCAUGUUCUAAAACUAAGUUACUACUGGAAGCGUUUUUAUUUUCUCCCAGUUCCACACAGUUUUAUCCUGAAAACCUUAGUGAAGAGAAGCUACUUAAUGGAAACCUCAGAUAGUGAGAAGUAGUAGUCGGGCCUGAAAUGAAGGUCUUCCUAGUCUACCCUCUCACACAGGUGAUGGUCAGGGCUCGCUGUAACAGGCAGUGUGGGGUCGUUGUUGACUAUUUAAGCUGUUGGCCUUUCACAAAUAAAUCCCUGAAGGGAGGAAUCCAGGCUCGAAUGUGUGCGUCUAACCUUCAUAAGUCCAACAAUGCCUGGCUGUUUGCAGUUGCUAUGGUAGAAGAAGGCUUCAUCCUCCAAUUUCAUGGCCCUGAGGAAGUUCCGAGCCUGUGUCAAGGAAAAAACAAGGGUUACCCACUUAACGGCUGGGAAGAAAGCAAGUCUGUUUUUAUUAGAUGUUUAUUUCUAUUUUGCAGUUUCUCUCCGAUUCAUAAUGAAGUCUGUUCCUUUGUUGAGAGUCCUAGCCUUGUUCUGGGACACUAGCCAGAACCAAGCCACUAGCAGACUACAUGCUGUCAUAGUGAUUAUGAUAUUUCUGAAAACAUUUUCAGAUAGAGUUCAGGGAAAAGCAGUAUUGGCUAAAAGGCCCUGCUACUGCAGAUUGUGGUGGAGGCAGGCAUGUAUCCUAGUGUCAUUGGCUUCAGGGUUCCUGCACCUUGUUUCCUUACCUGAUAGUUGCGAACACCAUCCCAGCAAGCUGUCUGUUUAGGCUGUGCUUUGAGAUCCUCAAUGCUGAACUAGGCAAAAGAAAAUCGAGUGGCUCAUUACUAAAAAGUCAUUGACCAAUCGGUAAGCUUCUAGGAAACAAAAAGUUCUCUCCCUAAUCCUGAAAAGUGGUACAGGCUGUAAAGGAGCUAGGUAGGUUACUGGAAAUUAGUUCCAGGGAGUCACUGGUGUUGAAUGUGUAAGUAGCCUUGGGUUUUGCAUUGUGAGCUUUGCUCAUUAAGAUGAUUAGUUGAAUGGAUAAUAAAAGUCUGCUGGUCCCCUGUGUUUUGCUUAUUAAAGUACCAUAAUUCUCUAAUAUUUCUAUUUUCCUCAAGCUAGUGCUAAAAAUCAGCUUAUGUUCAGUACCUGAAUACAUGGCCACAUUGGUCAGGGAGACAUCUAGGAGCACGGCAAGUAGUAAGAAAAAUCGACCAACCAAGCAGUGCUGGGGUGGGGUGCACUCCUGUAACUCCCAACUCCAACCUCCUAAACCUGGGGGGCAAGGAGGAUCUUAACCCGGCUACUUCAGAAGUUAAGAGGCCAGCUUGGGCUACAUAGUUAGAUCAUCUUAAGAACACAUAACAGCAAAAUCAAACUAAGAUUGGCACUGGAAAACUGAACCAAAUGCCUGAUUUUAUAAAUAAAGUUUUACCUUUUAA